AUGGCGAGUCUACGGAUGGGCAGUAUGCCGUCGUUGCGGCGACAGCACCUCCUGGCCGAAUUCGCUGGUCUGAAGCAGGCUUGUCCGGAGGGUGUCUUUGUGAGCUUGACACCAGGAGACCCGAUGCUAUGGUCCGGCGUCAUGUUUGUGAGGCACGGACCCUACGCUACGGCUAUUCUGAGAUUUCAGAUUUCGUUUCCAGACACAUAUCCCCGACUACCGCCACUCGUCACCUUUUCAACAGACAUCUUUCACCCCCUAAUCACACCAUUAACAACGUACAUGUAUACCACCGAUAUCCAGGACAACGGCACAGUAAGCGCCACUGACGCAGAGCGCCUACCUCCCGGAGGUUUCAGUCUACGGCACGGAUUCCCCGCUUGGUUCGGGCGGGGCAGCAAAAGCAACGUGGGGAGCCGACAGGUCAGCGGGCAGCAGCAACAACAACCGCCCGCGACGCCCGCCAGAGGCGGCGGCGGACCAUCCAGCACUACGUCGACGCCAAGCUCAAAGGCGACGCCUCUCGGAGGUCGGCCUGGGUACCUCGACACCUCGAGGCGAGAGGUCUCCACGUACGAGGUCUUGCGAUAUAUCCGGAGCACGUUUGACGACGAAAAGGUGCUGGACUCGGUGCCGCUCGAAGCUGCGGGAAACCCUGGCGCGUGGCACGCAUGGCGGACACGUCAGCGACAGGCGGGCAAGAGUUUCCCUGGCGACCCGGUGCCGCAGGAGACGACUGGAAAGGAGCAGGAGAGCGAAAAUGUGGUAGAGGCUGCUGACGGGGCUGCUCAGCAGAAAAAGGAAGGUGAAGGAGAAAGUGAAGAAAAGGUGAAGGAGGAGGCGCCGCCUCCGCUGCCUGAGAGGAAGCCUUCUACCAGCGGGAGUGUUCACUCCAUCGUUAGGAAACCUAUCGGCAGUGCACCUUCCGUAUCCAGAAAGCCCGGGGAAUGGAAUUGGGAAGGAGUUUGGGAGGAUAGAGUGCAGAAGGGCAUCGCGACGUCCCUCUCUGAGGCGGUCCUGUACGGGGCGACGUCGGGUGGCGAUGACCUGAUCAACUUCCUUGCAAUGGAGGAAGGCGACGUGGACGCUGUGAGGGAAAACUUGCAGCAGAUCAUCACGCACAUUAUUCGCCGUCUUGUUACUUCGACUAUGGGCCUCUCUACUCCCGUGGCUGCAACUCUCAUCGUUCUCGUCACCGUCGUACCCAUGCUACUUAUCGCAGGCUUCACCGCCCGCUUCAUCUCACGCAACUUCAGAGACGCAGCCGGUGCCAUUGAACCCAAGCCGGCGAGACGCUGGUUCGGCCUCCGUCGCGUCAAGUCGACCGACAGCACCACCACCAGCCUCGCCACCAACACGCUACACUACGCGGACUCGUGGCCGGAUCUCGAAACGCGGCAUCCACGAGGUAGCAUCGGUGCCCCAACAGGCCACCACUACUACUACGGUCCAGAUCCAGCCGCCGCCCGAGACAUGGCAUCCCUCGAGGGCCAGUCGUUUGAGCUGGAGCUUCUCGCCGACAAGGCGGAGGACGGAUCGAACAGGGGCGGUCCCGAAAUCCCGCAGCCGCUCAAGGUUCUCAAGAGACUCGGGCGUGGUUCUGGAGGGAAGUUCCGAGGAGUUGCAAGCGGCUCGCGAUCAGUUGCCGAGACUGAUGAGGGUGUAGACGGUCGCUCAGGACCGUUUGGCGAGUCUCUCGUGGUGAGGAAGAAGCGAGGGAGCCACGGGACCGGACUAAUGCCUGGCUCGAAGAAUUGUGGCUAG